AUGAAUCUCGAGAAAUAUGAUGUACCUGUUUUUGUCCAAGCGGGUGAACUUCGAUAUUUGGAUACUACAAUUGGUGAUAUUUUUGAAAAAAUUUCACAAGAUUAUAUGAAAAGUAAUAAUUUUACACAAUUGAUUCUUCAAUCAAUAGAGCCAGUUAUGUAUUUAUUAAAACGUCAGCAAAGUUUAUCGAGUUAUACAGAACAAAUUCGUAUGAAUUGUGAAAAUUGUGAUACAAAAGAUAAACUAGACUUUAGCCAACGACUGCUUUUUCACAUACUAUUGUCUAAUUCAAAUCCUGAGUUGUCACGCAUACUGAUGAUAUCAAUGAGUAAACAAAACGCCGUACCAUUUCUACAGCCAAACGUUCUCCAUUGGAAGACCAGCAAUGAAUGUGAUGAUCGAUACUAUUUCGAACCAAAUAUUAUAUAUAUAUGGGAUUAUGCGACACCAACUUUAUUAUCAUUUGGUUUUGGCUCAUGUAGUGGCAAGUCAACAUUAUUGAAUCAAUUAUUUAGGUCAACAUUUGAGCAAAAAAAUGAAAAAUCCGUUUAUUUUCAAAAAACAAUGGAUAUUGAUUUUGGCUAUAAUUUUAUUACAAAACGUCCAUUGAAUAUUGCUGACAUGCAUGUAGCACGUGCCACAUUUUAUGAUAAAGAUGUUGACGAAAUAUUUUAUAUGCGUUCACAAGCAGUUAAAAUCAAUGAUGAAUAUCAGUUUGAAAUAAUAUCAUCGCAACAGGAAAUUAACGCUGAAAAACAAAUGAAAUUAUCAAAAAAAUACAGCAACGAAUGUGGUAGAAUUUUUGAAUUAUUUAUCGAACUAUUAUCAACGUCGAACCGAUUAAUGAAUUUAGAUUUAUUAUCGAAUGAGUUAAAACAAAAGCGAAAUAUGUCAGAAGAUAACAUCGAUUUAGCUGAUAAUUUAUCAAUAGAAAAGACUUUGUCUGUCGAAGUUCUAUGGCGUAAUGCAAUUGUCUGUCAAAAAUAUGAUCAAUCUAAGAAUCCUAAACAACUCAGAGAAUCGUAUUCUGAAUAUAUUAAAGCUGGAUUUCCUUUUGAAAUAAUUGAUGGUGAUAAUUUCUUUUUUCAAUAUGAUUUCUUGUCAAAAGUUAUGCAAAAGUUUUCACAGCAAAAAAUAUUAAUUAUUAGUAUUAUUGGCCCACAAAAUAGUGGCAAAAGUACAUUGUUAAACUAUAUGUUUGGCACACUAUUUGAUGUACGUAAUGGUAGAUGUACAAGAGGUGUUUAUGGAUCAUUUGUAAAAUCUAAUAUACCAUCAUUUGAUUAUAUCAUGUUGAUUGAUACUGAAGGUUUAUUGGGUACCGAAAAAGGUGAUCUUGAAUACGACCGCCGUUUGAUUUUAUUCUGUUUGGCUGUAUCACAUUUAGUUAUUGUCAAUAUUGCUGGUGAUUUAAAUCAGGCAUUGAAAGACAUGAUUAUACUCUGUGUUGAUUCAUUGAAGGAAAUCAAUGUAAAUAAAAUGCCAACACCAGUCGUUCAUUUUGUUUUAAAUCAGCGACCAGAUACAAAUCUUGCAAAUAACCAAAAGGCAAUUAAAAAUAUUGUAGAACAAUUACAAACUGAUACAACAGACAAGACUAUUGCUAUUUCUAUCGAACAAUUUCAUUCCUUACCUUCAGCUUUCAAACUGGAAAAUAUAUUAGAUAUUGCAAAACUUCCAAAAUUGCAGGUAACAUCAAAUGAUUUUUUGGAAGAAACAACAAAAUUAACAAAAGUUCUUAUAAAAUCGGCUAUUGAUAAUUAUCAACGUUCUCCUAAACAUUAUAUCGAUCCCCUGAAAUGGAUACAAAAUGCCUAUACAGUAUUUGAUAUUUUACAACAUUUUCCAGAUUUAACUCAUUUCAAAGAUCUAAAAGAGAAACGACUUGAUAAACAAAUACGAGAUGGUAUUCGAGAGCUAUUAAAAACUAAAUUAUCAGCGACAGAGAAAAAAAAAUCGUUCGAUAAUUGCUCAAAUAAAGCAAGAUCGCAAAUUGAUGAAAUAUUUCAAAUAUCUUUCGAUGGAAUAUAUAAAGAAUGUGAAAAAUCUUUACAAAAAAUAUUCGAAGAAUUAGGCCCAUCCUCUGCAGUCAGAGAAAGAUCAAUACAGUUUUUAAAAACACAAAUAUUUGAAGCACGGAAUGCUUGGCGUGAUGCUGCCUAUCGUAUUCAUGACGAAAAUGAACUUAAUUUAUUAGUACGUAAUGGUGAACAAGAUCUUCGAAACUUGAUUGAUAAAACAAUUAAAGAGACCGCUGAAAAAGGGGACGAAUUAAAAGAGGAGGAUGCACGCCAAAUAUUCAAUCAUAUGUAUAAACAAAAGAUGAAAAACAUAAAAAAGGAAUUCAAUGCAAAAGAACGUCUGCGUAAUGCGGUCAUUGCCGUUUACAGUCUCUAUGAUAUGUAUGAAAAAGAUUGUUUACCAACGGGAGAAACAAUUCUUCGUCAUACACCCUUAAUCGACAGGAUAAGCAACGAUUUUCCACCAUAUAGUUCAGGAAACGCCGAUGCAGACAGCACAGAUGAUGAGUUUGAUAUUCAUGGGCAACACAAAAAACGAAGACCAAUGCAACUUUCUGAUGCUAUUAAUAACAUUACAAAAACUGUAAGCAAAUUCGAUCAUGAGAGAAGUAUGAUCGAAGUAAAAGCAUUUAUUACCAAUUUAAAUGUGGCCUUUGCAGAAGAGAUAAUUAAUAAAAUGAAAUAUUUAAAGAAAGACAAUCUUAGAAAUAUCUAUUUUGUAGCAAUCGGUAGUAACAAUGACAACAAUGAUGGACAUCAUUUAAGAAAUCAUAGUGUUUUCAGUCGUAUCAAACGGUUCUUUAUAUCACCAUCAUCAUCAAUUAAGGUUAUAGAUUCAAAUUUGACCAAUUAUCGUUAUACUAUUCAUGAUCUUAUAUCAAACCAGCCAAGCAAUGUAUUAGAUGCUCCCAUAUGUUUCGAAACAUUGUUUAAAAAUGUAAUGGAUGAAAUUGAAAUUAAAGUCUCUUCCAAUCAACCAGAGCAACAUUUUCAUUCAAUAGAUUUACAAUUAAUACAAAAAGUCGUUGCCUCUGUGAAUUCAUUAAUCACACAAAUUGAUAAUGAAUUAUCUUGGUUUAAUACUGUAUUAUCAAAGCAAAUAAAAUCACGUUUUCACAUAUGUAUUGUCAUAUUAUUAACGCGAAUAUAUUAUCAUGAACAGAAAAAUCAUUUUGAAGCACAAUUAGCCGUACUGGAAAAAAAUAAAGAUACUUUGUUAAAUGACUUUAUAGUAAAAACGGUGAAAAUGGCAACGCGUGAUACUGGAUUUGCAAAAGAUUUAACAGAUGCAUUAUUAGAAAUAAGCAAAGAACAAUUCAAAACAAAAGCACAAUUGUUAAUCAAAAAUAUUAUCCAAGCAAAUUAUGCUACAUCAAAUUGUACAUUCUUAUUAGACCUCUGUGAUCAAGAAGUAAACCGAACAACAGACAAACUUUGGUUACAAGAAUAUGUCACACAACCACGAGUAGUAAUGGAAAAAAAAUUCUUAAAAAAUUGGGAUGGAACCGAGGAAUCCGUUAAUGACAAACUUAAAGCAGAAAAAUUUAAUCAGAAAGAAAUUUUAAGCAAGUUGUUUAUGUUGAUUCAGGAGAUUAUUGAAAAAAUUGAAACACACAAGAUGGAUAACAUUCAUUUUAUAAAUGAUGCUUUCCACACUAGCAGCGGCAAUGUCGAACAAAAUCGUAUUAAUAAAGGUAAAUGUAUGGCAAAGGUUCUAUAUUCGUAUAUUACUAGACAACAAAUACAAAGCAUUUAUAAAUAUGAUGCAUUACAAUAUAUACUUGUUCCAAAAAAUUUAGAUCUAUUCAAGGAACUAUCAAAACCAAGUGAUGAUGUAAUUGAAUUAACAAAAAAAUUGAAAAACAAGUUUGAUUUACUUACUUUGGUUGAUUUUCCAUUAUUUUUAAGACAGACUUUAAAACAUAAAGACUCCGUUAUGGCACAGUUUGCCGGUCUAUCAUGCACACUGAAUGAUAUCAAUCCAACAAUUAAAGCUGAAAUACUUCAAAAAGGUUUAGGUUGUAAACAAGAUUGUCCGUGUUGUGGGCGACCGUGUGACGUAGAUCAUUCACAAUCUAGUACAUCUAUUGGAAAAGACGACAAUCGUCAUCGAUGUGAUAAAGGUCAUCAAUAUCGUGCAUUUAGAGGUUUUUAUUAUGAAACGGACAGCGAAAAACCAGAAGAUAAACGCGAACCAUCUUUGAUAAUGUGUGAAAUUGUUGAAGAAAAUCAAACGAUACGUCAUGAACCCACUGGUUUCGAAGGACCAUGGCAUGAAUUCAAAAGAAGAUUUCCCGAGUGGUAUUUCGGUGAUGAAGCAGUAGAUAGAAAAACAAUAAAUACUGAUCAAGCGCGAGACAGAUAUGAUAAAAUAUGGCGGUUAAUUGGACCAGACAUAUGCGCACACCCCAAUCAGAAGUGGAAAUUUGUGUUGAUCAAUAGUAAACCAAAGCAUAGUGGCGUUGAUACCACUCCGAAGCAUUUUUUCUUUCUGGUUGAUGGUUCUGGUAGUAUGGGUGACGAUAGUGAAACAUCGCGUUGGGGUUCUCUGAAAAAAUCUGUUUUCAGAUUUGUUCAAUUACGAAAGAUGUAUCUUGCAGAUCGAAUGACAGUUAUUUCAUUUGCAGACAACGCUGACAUCACAUGUGAGAACAAGCAAAUAAAAGAUGUAAAAGAUUUGAAACGUAUCAACGGUGGAACGGAUUUUUCAAGAGCUAUUCAGACACUAAACGUAGCGAUGGAUAAGAUAAAAAACACGGGUUCAAGUUUCAAUAAUGUCGUUGCAUUUAUGAGCGAUGGCGAAGCUUACUAUCCAGAAAAAGAACUCCAGAGCUUAAAAGCAAAACAUGGCUCAACGAUUAAGCUAUGGUUCACUAUUGCAGCCGCCACUGAUCGAAGCAUUUUACAACAAAUAAAUGAUACGAUGAAUGGCAAACUGAUCGAUGUAACAGCGGAUAUCAAUAUUGAAGGUGGACUAAUGAAAGCAUUUACUGAAAUAGCUAACAUAAAGUAA